AUGAUCCGCCUUUUUACUCGCUUCUACGCCUUGUGCGCUGUCGCCGCGUGCACAAUUCUCUUCUCGGCUUGGGCUCUUACUUCCCGCGCAUAUGGCGACAUUACACCGAUCAAGUCCGGCAACUUUCAGACAGUCACGGAGUUUGAUCAACGAUUGGUGGUUUUUGGAGAUUCCUGGAGUGACAAUGAAACCGAGGAGCUGCAGGGAAAGGCGUGGACUGAUUGGCUUUGUGGAAUGAUCAACUGCCAUCAAGAGAACCUCGCCCAGACAUCCAAGUCUCUGCUUGAUGGAGAGUACACAGGCGCCGUGGUAGACAAUUCAGAAACAGACUUGGUCGACCGACUGUCUAAGACACAUCUGCCCGAUUUCAAGACCCAGCUGAAGUCAUGGCUAGCCGCCGAGUCUCGCACGUUGGAAGGACUGUCGGAAGAACAAGUCACCUUCCGUCAGGAGCACACUGUCUUCGUCAUCUCGUUUGGCAUCUGGGACAUUUGGGACCUAGUGACUAAAGACAAGGACUACAAUGAUGCGGUCGGCUCUGUCGAGCGACGCAUCAAAACGCUCUUGGAGCAGAUGGAUGAGCUUAGUGAGCGCUGGGGCUCGACUGAUCUUAAUGUCAUCUUGACGCAGGCCGUCGACGUGACCUUCCUUCCAGGCUUCAAGGACCAGGGUGACCAGUACAAGAAAGCUGUCAACCUCAUCGGCGAGUGGAACCGGGCUCUACAUGAUGCAGCCCGUAAGUGGGAGCGUGGACGUAUUUACCUGUUCGACACGAAUGCCUUCGUGCUCGAUCGCAUCCGGGACUGGCAGCUCUACGCGGCGGGCAUCGAAGAGGAGAACGGACUGGGUCAAAACCACGAAGGGUGGGUGAACAUGGUCGAUCCGUGCGUCGAGAGCGGAAAGGGCGUCAAGGUCAUGAUGUCAAGUUCCUCGGGCACGAUGUGCGAGAAUCCCGAAAAAUAUCUGUUCUGGUGA